GCAGCAAGGCUGCAGGAGCUGGGAACCUGCCGCGUGGGCGGGGUGUCGCUGCCAGGCUGGGCCAGUUCCUCCGCGGUGAAGCGCGGGGAGUGCCCCAAGCGCCGGGCCCUGCGGGGCGGGCCGUGCGAGGGACGAACUCGGGGGCGGGGCCGGGGCGGGGCUGCAGGAGGCGGAAGCGGCGAGUGAGCUCGAGCCGGAGCCGUAUCGAAGCCAGAGUCCAGGCCGGCGGAGCGGCGUCGGCGGGGACGCUCCCGCGGAGCUCCGGCCCCUUCGCCCGGUUCGCGGAGGCCGCAAGAUGGCCUGGGUGCUCAAGAUGGACGAGGUGAUCGAGUCCGGGCUGGUGCACGACUUCGACGCCAGCCUCUCGGGCAUCGGGCAGGAGCUGGGCGCCGGCGCCUACAGCAUGAGUGAUGUCUUGGCAUUACCCAUUUUCAAGCAGGAAGAUUCCAGCCUUCCAUUGGAUGACGAAACUAAACACCCGCCCUUUCAGUAUGUGAUGUGUGCUGCAACAUCUCCAGCAGUAAAACUGCAUGAUGAAACGCUCACUUACUUGAACCAAGGUCAGUCUUAUGAAAUUCGGAUGCUGGAUAAUCGGAAAAUGGGAGAUAUGCCUGAGAUCACUGGAAAAUUGGUAAAGAGCAUCAUAAGAGUUGUGUUCCAUGAUAGACGGCUACAAUAUACAGAGCAUCAGCAACUUGAAGGUUGGAAAUGGAAUCGCCCAGGAGACAGACUUCUCGAUUUAGAUAUUCCAAUGUCUGUGGGAAUAAUUGACACAAGGACAAAUCCAAGCCAGUUAAAUGCGGUUGAAUUUCUGUGGGACCCUGCAAAACGCACAUCUGCUUUCAUUCAGGUACACUGCAUCAGCACAGAAUUUACUCCACGGAAGCACGGAGGUGAAAAGGGAGUGCCUUUUAGGAUCCAGGUUGACACCUUUAAGCAGAAUGAAAAUGGAGAGUACACAGAUCAUCUACACUCAGCUAGUUGCCAAAUCAAAGUUUUCAAGCCUAAAGGUGCAGACAGGAAACAAAAAACUGACCGAGAGAAGAUGGAGAAGAGAACUGCUCACGAAAAAGAAAAGUAUCAGCCAUCCUAUGAUACCACAAUCCUCACAGAGAUGAGGCUUGAGCCUAUAAUUGAAGAUGCAGUUGAACAUGAGCAGAAAAAGUCCAGCAAGCGGACUUUGCCAGCAGACUACGGUGAUUCUCUGGCAAAGCGAGGCAGUUGUUCUCCAUGGCCCGACACCCCCACAGCCUAUGUGAAUAACAGCUCUUCCACAGCGCCCACGUUCGCCUCUCCACAGCAGAGCACUUGCAGUGUCCCAGACAGCAAUUCUUCUUCCCCAAAUCAUCAGGGAGAUGGAGUUUCACAGGCCUCUAGUGAACAACUUCAGCCUUCAGCCACGACCCAGGAAACACAGCAGUGGCUGCUCAAAAACAGAUUUUCUUCAUACACAAGACUGUUUUCCAAUUUUUCAGGUGCCGACUUAUUAAAACUGACAAAGGAGGAUUUAGUACAAAUUUGUGGUGCAGCCGAUGGAAUUCGGCUCUAUAAUUCACUGAAGUCAAGGUCGGUUAGGCCCCGCUUAACCCUCUAUGUCUGCCAGGAGCAGCCAAGCAGCACACUGUUGCAAGGGCAGCAGCAGGCUGCAGGCAGUGGAGGCGAGAAUGGCAGUGGGACACCCUACGUUUAUCACGCAAUCUACUUGGAAGAAAUGGUUGCCUCAGAAGUUGCUCGAAAACUUGCGCUGGUGUUUAAUAUUCCUUUCCACCAAAUUAACCAGGUUUACAGACAGGGUCCCACUGGUAUUCACAUUCUUGUUAGUGAUCAGAUGGUUCAGAACUUUCAAGAUGAGAGUUGUUUUUUAUUCUCCACAGUAAAAGUUGAAAAUAGUGGUGGUAUCCACAUAAUUUUGAAGUGAUGUCUUACGGAGUCUGAACUGUAUUCAGUACCAAAUAAAGUCACGCUUAAAAGUGUGUGAAGACUGAAUCCAAGAAGUCUUGGGAUUGGAUUUUACCGUAUGAAAUGUUUCAUAUUGAAAACACAAGAUGACCUUUCUAAUGAGCUGUAUGAGAGGUGACUCUCCUCACUGUCACUGCCGUAGCCAUGCGUCCUCACGAGCGUCAGCACAUCGGGACAGCACGCGUGCAGCUCUGGGGGCCAUGGUGCAGGCAGGGCUGCCUGCUUCCCUGGCAGAAGCCAGUAGAUACAGUUCCUAGAAGCAGCCUUCGCUGUCUUUUUACACUGUAUGUGGUUUGGAAAUGAAUGUAAAAACAUACUGUGGGCAUUUACCUUUCUGUGCCAGUUUGGCUUUUAUUGCCUGAACCUUCUGCUGACCUCUGGCGGAGCUGGGGGACAGUGCUGUGGUGGAGCCGGCAUGGAAUCUGUCUGCAGAGAGAUGCGACGUGCUCCCGCGGUAACUGGUGGUCAGGUAAGAGGCUCGGCACCUUCUCGGAAGAAUCAUGUCUAAGGGUGUACAUCUGAUGUAAUCAUGACAGAUCGGGGAGGAGCCGAGCCAGGAAGACGGGCUGGAAGCAAGCUGCAUUAUCAAGAGUACCUUGGUGAGAGGAUCAGUGUAAAUCCUAAUAGGUACAAAGACUUUUGUGUUUUUGCUUUGUCACAGAUUUAUUGAAAAACUUCUUGCUCCUCCCAUUUUUAGCAUUUUGUUUCUGGUUUUCAUUUUUGAAGCCCCAUUGCCUUUUAAAAUUAUGUGUUCUCUUUUUCUUCCAUCCUUGUCUUUGCCCUUCCUAGCCCGCCCUGCACCAUCCCAUUCUUAAACAUUUUUAAAGCCCUCCCCAGACAUUGGAAAUAGGUGACCUACACAGCGGGGGAAAGUGUAGUUCCUGACUUGGCGUUAAGGGGUCUUCCUUAUCAACAAGUUGAAAUUCGUCUUCAAACACUAGACAUCGUAAAUCAAACACUAAAUUGUACCGUGAAAAUUCUUUAUACUUCUCAAAUGUUGAGCUUUAGUACGAUCAUGGGUGAACAUUCUGGUGAUUAUUUAGAGGCUUUUGGUGUACCAUAUAAUAGUUUCCUUUUCUGUUUAAAAAAAAAAAAAAAAAACUCUUUCAUAAAACCAAAUGCUUGUCUGCCAGUAUACUUUUUAAAGGGAAUCUACUGGGGUUUUUUUGCAGUUUUCCCACCAUCUUUAUUGCUUUCCUUUACCCAAAGCCUUUCCCAAAAUUCAUCAGCGUUUUUGAGGCCUAUAGUGUAGCACACCUAAUUUUUUAACUUCAAUUCUAUUUUAAUUACAGCAUCUCCGUCCGUUUACCCAAGUGUCUUGGUUUUGAAUGUAUUAUUUGAUCCUUAUUGUUUUUCAAGCAGAAAUAGGAAUGAGUAAUUUUGAGUUUAAAAUCUCUCCCAGAAGAUAAACUACUUCAGUGAGUAAAAGCUUUGACAUUUUAUGUUUUAUUCAAGCACUGUCUCUAAAUAUUUCCAUCUUCGGUUUGAAAAUAUAUAACUCUUAUAGACCCUAAAGCAGGAGAGCUCCCCUUUGUCCUUUGCUUUUGUAUGACCAUAUAUUUUCUGUACCAGUCACUUGGGAAAGAAGCUAGCUUCUCUCCUAAUUGUUUGAGUUUUGCUUGUCUAUUUAGCAUUCCUUUUUUGAGUCUCAAGAUAUAUGGAACAAUAAAUGUCAUUUAAUGCUGUGUGCUAUUUUGAAUUCCUCAUCGGGUUUUAGAAGUGGGGUAAAAAUAAAAGCUCAUCAAACUUGAACUUACACCAAGUGGUAUUGAGCAUUAGUCUAUCCCAGUGAAACAGGUUAAAUUAUGGCACCAGCAAAUUUGCUACUUUGUUUUUUAAUAGUAGGAUGUAUACAUUUCAGUAUAAUAAAUGUUUUCCGAUUGUUUUGCAAAUGUGUGUCUCAUUUAAAAUCCCAGUUCCUGCCAAUGUCACAAGUCGUAGAAUUGGGAGGUUCCGUGUGGAUGUUGAGUACACAGCAAUCCAAAUGUUAUAUAAGGUGAGGUCCCUGUGUUGUUUUCUCAAGAAGAAACCAGCCUGAUUUUCUUAUCAGAAGUUCUUCUGUUUUGUAAAUGAGGUCAUGGGGUCAUUGUGUCUUGGCUCAAAGGAGAGAAUGUGUAGAAGGCCCUGGUCAUUUACAUAAAAUAUAAACUGUAA